CUGAAUUCUGGGAAAUUUAGUUUGGGAAGACAAGGACCUCUUGUAGCUGAGAAUUCAAAAACUCCAACCUAAACUACUUUUCUCAGAAUUAUGCAGGUGGCAGAAGAAGCCCAAAAUGUGGGGCUGCCCAUUAAAGCCCUAGUGUGAGAGAGGGUGGGGCUGACAAACUGGGAAACUGAGUCUGAAAAGGAAGGAAACUGGACAAAGCAGCACAGAAAGGGAGCAGAAGGACAGAAAGGAUGUGGUGAGAACUAGACUGCUUCUAACAGGGGGAGGACUUAGCAGAAGGAAUGCCUUGCGCUCCUGGGACUGAUCUUGGGAAAAGAUAGAGAAGCCAGGUAUUCCUUCCAGGAAGUCUUAGAAGCGAGGAAACUGAAUAGACACUAAUACCAUCUAGUGUCCUCCUAUAUUAUUGUUGCAGUCAUAUUUACAAGAACUGAAAAAAAAGGAAACAAGUUAUCUGCCUGCUCUUCUGAUGUGAAUAGUUUUAGGAGAAUCUUUUUCUCCCAAUACAGCUUUUAUUCUCCAUUCCCUGGGAGUCCAUGCCUUCACGGCAUAUGCAAGCCGGGAUUUUCAGUGGUCUGCUCAUGAGGGAAGAAAGCCAAAUGGGAUUUUCCUCUGGCACAAGAGUUCAUUCGUUGAUAUAUCCUUUGUUUUGGACUUUGGAGAAAAAUCAAAUGAUAGGAUUUUGCUGUAGCACAGAGUCCAAUGUUUUCAUGCCAGUCUCAAAGGUUAACCAUUCUGAACGGUUUUGAAAUGCAAGCGUAUCCCAGAAGAGCCUAGUCUUACCUUUUGCCAUACCAUUAAUCAAGCAGAACAGAAUCAGGAGAACAAUGUCUAUGAAACGGAUGCUGGUUGUACCUUUAAUGAUGAUGUUCCUCUUAGACUCAGCUUCCGGUGGGAAUGUUUUGGUCUGGCCAUUUGAUUAUAGCCAUUGGAUGAACAUGAAAUCUAUAAUUCACGAGCUUACAGCCAGGGGCCAUCAAGUGACAGUCAUAAUGCCUUCAUUCUACCAGGCAUCUGAAUCAAGUGGACCUCCCAACUUCCACCUGGAAGUGAUACCUGUACCAUUCUCAAGGAAGGACAUGGACAUUUUGAUGCAGGACAAUAUCAAUUUAUGGUCUUUUGAGAAGCAUGAAAUACCUUUCUGGGAAUUUUUCAUCAAGUUGUAUGGCAUUGUAAGGGAAAUCUUCUAUGGAUACAAGAGUUUCUGUGACAAUCUUUUUUGGAAUGAGAAGCUGCUACAAAAGUUGGAGUCUGCUGCGUUUGAUGUCCUUAUCUCAGACCCAGUAAUGCCAGGAGGGGAACUGCUAGCUGAGAAACUUCAUGUUCCAUUUCUAUAUUCUUUACGGUUUUCUUUUGGAAACACAAUGGAACGUAUUUGUGGCAAUACCCCAGCUCCACCAUCAUAUGUACCUGCCAGCAUGGGAGGGCUAACGGACAAAAUGUCUUUCAUGGAGAGAACGGCAAACAUGCUCACUUACCUUGUAAUGGACAUGGUGGUCCAUAAUUUUUUGUACAAAGAAUGGAAUCAAUAUUUUAGUGAUGUCCUAGGGAGACCUACAACAUUGUGCGAAACAAUGGGCAAAGCAGAAAUAUGGCUGAUCCGAACCUACUGGGACUUUGAAUUUCCACGGCCAUUACUACCAAAUUUUGAAUUUGUAGGAGGGCUGCAUUGCCAGCCAGCAAAGCCUUUGCCUAAGGAAAUGGAAGAAUUUGUCAAGAGUUCUGGAGAACAUGGCAUUGUGGUAUUUUCUCUCGGUUCAAUGAUUAAAAACUUAACAGACGACAAGAGUAACAUGGUUGCCCUGGCACUCAGCCAGCUUCCCCAGAAGGUUUUUUGGCGGUACCAAGGGAAAAGGCCAGAAACACUAGGAGCUAAUACCAGACUUUAUGACUGGAUCCCACAAAAUGAUCUACUUGGACAUCCCAAGACAAAAGCCUUUAUCACUCAUGGUGGAACAAAUGGGAUUUAUGAAGCUAUUUACCAUGGGAUUCCCAUGGUAGGAACUCCCAUGUUUGGAGACCAGCCUGAUAACAUUGCUCACAUGCGUGCAAAGGGAAUGGCUGUAGAGCUGAAUAUCCACACAAUGACAGCACAAGAUUUAGUGGAUGCUGUUAAUACCGUUAUUCAUAAUGCAACAUAUAAGGAAAAUGCAGUACGUCUGUCGAAGAUUCAUCAUGAUCAACCUAUGAAGCCUCUAGACCGAGCUGUCUUCUGGAUUGAGUUUGUCAUGCGCCACAAAGGUGCCAAGCAUUUGAGAGUAGCUGCCCAUGACUUGACCUGGUACCAGUAUCACUGCCUUGAUGUCAUUGCCUUUUUGAUCAGUUGUGUGGCACUUUUCAUGUUCAUCAUUGUAAAAUGCUGCACGUUUUGCUGUCGGAAAUGUGGCAUCACACGGAAAACAAAACUGGAAUAGUUUCUGUUCAGCACACAGCCAUCAUGUGACUUGUAUAAUCUAACAUGCUCAAACUUGGUAUGUUAAACCCUAUAGUUAUUUACCAUCACAUUCAGCCUGAUUGGAUGUAGAAACACAUAUAUCCUGGCUAGAUUCUGACAGCAUAGAUUUGUAGGUAUGAAUGAUAUUUAUAUAUAACUUUUAGGUUUUUUUUAAAAUGAAAGCUGUUACGCAGCCGGAGAUUGCUAUUGUAGUGUAUUAACAACUAGAGGGGUCAGAAUUGAUCCAUCCCAUAAAAUCAAAGAAUAUACAUUGGUUUUAAAAAUACUGCUAGAAUAGGAGCUUUGGCAUGCUAUGUCUUUGUUCAAGUGGUAGAAAAUGUUUUUGAAAUACAAGGAACAGAGGUGCAUACUAUACACACACACUGCAUAUAUUGUUGGAAAUAGCAACUUCUCAAGCCUCCACUAGUAAUUUGUAUACUAUUCUGUUUGUUUACUGUAUUGUAUAUGCAUGGUUCGAUAUGCAGCUUUCCCGUUUCUUAAGGUUGUGGGAGGGGCUGCAGACCACAUGAUAAGAUCUCAGACUGCAUUUUAUAACUCAAACAUGCUUUAGACUACAGACUUCAUUAGAGCAUGAGAACUAAGAGGUGCCUUAGAUUUCAUUAGAGCACUAACACAGAGAUGCUUUUGACUUCAGACUGCAUGGAGUGCAGGUUCCAUAAGACACCAUGAGACUAUGCACUGUUAAGACUGUAAGAAAGACACCCUGUGUUAUCUGCACAGAUAGACUUCAAACCUGUAUGUAAUUGGAUUGACAAGUUAUGUAACUGUAUGUUGAAUACAUGAAAGUUGUGAGUAAACCAGAAUAUGUUACUUUAAA